GGCUCGGCGGCACAGCGCCCGCUCGGGGUUCCGGCGGCAGCACCUGGGCCGCGGCUGGCGUCCGCGGGGGCACGCUGUCCGCCCCCCUCGGCGAUGACCACGGCCGGCGCCGUGCCCGCGAGGACUCCUGUGAGCAGCCUCCAUGAGUCUCUGGACCAGUGCAUGACCGCCCUGGACCUCUUCCUCACCAACCAGUUCUCAGAAGCACUCAGCUACCUCAAGCCCAGAACCAAGGAGAGCAUGUACCACUCACUGACGUAUGCCACCAUCCUGGAGAUGCAGGCCAUGAUGACCUUUGAUCCCCAGGACAUCCUACUUGCCAGCAACAUGUUGAAGGAGGCUCAGUCGCUCUGUCAGAGGCACCGGAGGAAGUCUUCUGUAACAGAUUCCUUCAGCAGCCUGUUGCACCGCCCCACUAUGGACCAGUUCACAGAAGUGGAAAUCCACGCUGAGGUCUGCUACGCAGAGUGUCUGCUGCAGAGAGCAGCCCUGACCUUCCUGCAGGACGAGAACAUGGUGAGCUUCAUCAAGGGUGGCAUCAAAGUUCGAAACAGCUACCAGACCUACAAGGAGCUAGACAGCCUCGUGCAGUCCUCACAGUACUGCAAGGGAGAGAACCACAGGCACUUUGAAGGAGGAGUGAAGCUCGGAGUGGGAGCCUUCAACCUGACGCUGUCCAUGCUUCCUACCAGGAUCCUGCGGCUGCUAGAGUUCGUGGGGUUUUCAGGAAACAAGGACUACGGGCUGCUGCAGCUGGAGGAGGGGGCAUCGGGGCACAGCUUCCGUGCCGUGCUCUGUGUCAUGCUGCUGCUGUGCUACCACACCUUCCUCACCUUUGUGCUCGGCACUGGGAACGUCAACAUCGCGGAGGCAGAGAAGCUCUUGAGACCCUACCUGAAGCGAUACCCUAAGGGCUCCAUCUUCCUGUUCUUUGCGGGGCGGAUUGAAGCCAUUAAAGGCAAUGUUGACGCGGCCAUCCGGCGGUUCGAGGAGUGCUGUGAGGCCCAGCAGCACUGGAAGCAGUUCCACCACAUGUGCUACUGGGAGCUGAUGUGGUGCUUCACCUACAAGAGCCAGUGGAAGAUGGCCUACUUCUACGCAGACCUGCUCAGCAAGGAGAACUCCUGGUCCAAGGCCACCUACAUCUACAUGAAGGCCGCCUACCUCAGCAUGUUUGGGAAGGAGGACUGCAAGCCGUUCGGGGAUGACGAAGUGGAGUUGUUCAGAGCUGUGCCGGGCCUGAAACUCAAGAUUGCUGGGAAAUCUCUACCCACAGAGAAGUUUGCCAUCCGGAAGUCCAGACGCUACCUCUCCCCCAAACCUAUCUCAUUGCCCAUCCCUGCUCUGGAAAUGAUGUACAUUUGGAAUGGCUACGCUGUGAUUGGGAAGCAGCCGGAACUCACAGACGGGAUACUUGAGAUUAUCACCAAGGCUGAAGAGUUGCUGGAAAAGGGCCCAGAGAAUGAGUACUCAGUGGAUGAUGAGUGCUUGGUGAAGCUGCUGAAAGGUCUGUGUCUGAAAUAUCUGGGCCGUGUCCAGGAGGCCGAGGAGAAUUUCAGGAGCAUCUCUGCCAAUGAAAAGAGGAUUAAAUAUGACCACUACUUGAUCCCAAAUGCCCUGCUGGAGCUGGCCCUGCUGUUUAUGGAGCAAGGCAGAAAUGAAGAGGCUGUCAAACUCUUGGAAACUGCCAAGCAAAAUUAUAAGAAUUAUUCCAUGGAAUCAAGGACACAUUUUCGAAUCCAGGCAGCCACACUCCAAGCCAAGUCUUCCCUAGAGAAUGGCAACAGAUCCAUGGUUUCAUCAAUGCCCCUGUAGUUUUGUGCAGCAUUCCCAGGCUGGAAGACAGAGGCAGCUGGACAGAGCUCCUGGAAACAUUUCAAAAAGAUCCCAUCCCCCUGCCCUGCCGUUGGGGUCCACGGGUGCUCCAGUGCGAUGACACGACAUAGGUAUCUGUGCCGAAGCGAAGCUGGCAUUUUCACCAGUGUGGCCAAGGGUCUUUGCCAAAGACAGAGUGCCUGGAGCCCCCUGCCUGCCCUAUCACAUAUACGGGUACUUGUUUUUCACUGUGACGUUUAAGAGAAUGUAUAAACAGUUUACAUUUUCCUUAGAAAUACAUUGAUGGGAUCAAAGUUGGCUUUGGAAAAAACUACCAACCAACCACCUGUAAAUCAUUGUUUUAACCCAUACUGAUGUGGAGGUAAAUCUAUGAUGCCAAGGGCCAAAGUGCUUUUCAGACUUCAGCGAGGUCUCAGCUUCCAGGGCUGGAAGGACCCAAAGGAGGACCUGCACCGCAGGGUUUGAGGUUUCUGGGGGUUGGACAUAGAGGUUUCACACACUCCCACUACCUUACUUCUUACACGCCCUUUGUAACAACUUUCCAAUUUUAAAAAAAUCAAACACGUCUUUUUAGUGAGAUAAUUUUGAGUCCAUCUGUAGAAAAAAAAAAAAAAUCAAUCUUUGCCACUAAGGAAUAGCAAUACCGAGGCCUGAAAGAAGGAGGAACCCUGUGGCCCUUUCUGUGCCAAAGCCAAGAAGCUUGGCAGGUAAAGUUCCUCAGAUACUAGUCUGCUAUAUGCCAAAUUGAAACCACUGGGAAUGAUUUAUGAAACAUAAAAAUCUUCUGUACUUCCCUUCGAGGUACACUUAUUUACUGACAGCGUUUUUCUUAGAAACAGAAUGGUUAUUCUUGGCCUGUUAGUGUGUUUCAGAUUUUUCAGUUAAGAGAAAAGAUAUAUUUAAGUAAUAAAACUUAUACACUUUAAGAGAUCAUGCAACAUCUAUUUCAGUAAAAUAUGUUGUUGCUUGAAUUCUUAGGCUGGGCAGAAAGUUUGAAUCAGAAGUCAUAUGGCUCAGGCAUGUUUUCUUUAGCUAACAUAAUGUUUUAAAAUUUUUAGAAUAAGUUACUAACAUUUUAAGAUGGGGAGAUUUCACAAAUAAAUCUGGUUUCUGGCAUCUUAUUUUAAUAAUCUGGCAAUAUUGGGCCUCAUUCCCACAAGGCAACAAUCAGUUGGAGCUGAGUAGAGGCUCUUUUCAACACUUAUAAUCUUUCUGGCGCCUAAAAGCAUCUGAAUUUGCACCCAGUGGGACUGUUAAAGUGAGGACUCAAGUUCAAUGACCAACAAACACCAGGUUUUACCAUUCACAAUCUAA